AUGGUCUUCGACAAAGCUCGACAGCAGCUCGUCAUGCUGUUGACAGCUUGUCUAACAACGGUAUCCCUGCAUCUUGAACAGCCCCUGCAGGCGGCCUCGACUCGCGCGGGAAGAGCACCGCCGCAAUGCAUCAUACCUGAGUUUCAAUACGUGGGCAUCUUUCGAAACGUCGACAACCAGCCAUGCGAGACCGUUUGCACAGAGAAGGCUGCUGAAUCUGUUGCUUGGUGGAAGGUGCUUGGCAGCGACUUUUGUCAACGUGAACACUGGGUUGGAAACGAUUAUUAUCCACCACGCGCUUCUAUUGGCAAUGUUAUGAGCGAUUCAAUCGUGAGCAUCGGGGACGCUAAUCUAUACGCGAAGUUGCGUGUGGGGGAACAUACUGUCCAUCGAGCCACUGAGACCGCAGCGCGGUAUUGUUCAUGCAACGUUACGGUCAUCCUGAGCAAUAUAUGGAAACCAGAAGGAUGGCCAUGGCCAGCUUUGCCAAAAACCGAGGGCUUAUGCUCACUUCAAGCUUUAGCCAUCAGGUCUGCUCCUCGUGGGUCAUGGCAGCUUGCAAGUUCGCGAUACUUGAGUCAAUCGGGUGUCGACUGCGAGAUGGACGACUUUGAGAACAUCCUGAGCCGUCCUCUCAUCACUUUCGAUCUUCCUUUUACGCAGAAUUCGGCAUUGUUUGGAGUAUCGAUGUCAAAGUCAGAAAUGAUGAAUGACGCCAAGCGUUGGUUAGAAUACGCUGCAGUCAUUUGGAUAUAG